AUGUCCAGUCCAGCCAAGAAGCGCAAGAGAAAUGGGGCCAAUUCAUCGCCGCAGCCGACACGCAGUAUUAAAUCGUUCUUCAAGGGCCAGACUGAACAACCCAAUCCAACGGAACCCGACGUCACCGAGCAAACACUCUCCGAUGAAGCCCUGGCGCGCAAGUUGCAAGCGGAAUGGAAUGCCCAAGAAAAUGCUCAAGACUAUACCCCGGAGGCUGCUCCAGAGAAUACCAGCUCCUUAGAUGAAACCACGCAAUCAGAACCGCAAAUCAAGGCACCUCCAUCUACUUUAAUACCUUCAAGUCUACCUCCAGUGACUCCAAAAAAGAACACGUUGUCGCUGCAAUCCUCAGCAAAUACAGACGAUAUUACUUCCCUUGCCAUUCCGUUCGAUCAAAGUCCCCAGAUAUUCGAUGCAAGUCAGUACGCAGCAGAAUUGCAGUCGCAUUGGGCUAGCCAAGGCGGAGAUGCUUCUUACGCCUUGCUUACAAGGGCAUUUGUCCUGGCGAAUGCAACCACUAGCCGAAUCAAGAUCGUCGACACACUCGUCAAUUUCCUUCGGGUAUUGAUUGAAGGGGACUCAUCGAGUAUCCUCUCAGCCGUGUGGCUAGCAACCAACUCGAUAUCGCCUCCAUACGAUGAACUAGAACUUGGUCUGGGAGGGGCCUCUAUUUCAAAGGGACUGAAAAAUAUUUACGGUCUCGACAAUCAAAGUCUCAAAUCAUUGUAUGAUAAACACGGGGAUGCAGGGGAUGUAGCAUUUGAAGCCAAGAAACGACAAUCAUUCACGCUUGUCAAACCAAAGCCAUUGAAAAUCAAAGGGGUCUACCAGUCUCUGAUGAAGAUUGCUACAAGCAAAGGAACUGGCAGUCAAGAAACUAAACAAAGGAUUGUCGAAAAGCUCCUGCAAGAUACACAAGGCUCAGAGGAGAGUCGAUACAUUGUCCGAACACUGGCCCAGAAUUUGCGAAUUGGCGCAGUAAAGACGACCAUGCUCAUAGCACUUGCGCGAGCUUUCAUCUACUCCAAACCAGCGGGAGCGCAAUAUGAAGUGCGGCCUCAGAGCGAAAUGGCUCGCCUAAAGAAGGACGAGCUGGCCGAAAUCUAUAACAAUGCAGAGGAGAUUGUGAAGGCUUCCUAUGCCAGACACCCGGAUUAUAACGAUCUCAUUCCAUGUCUGCUGGAGAUUGGACCUGCAGAGGAACUUUUGGUCAGAUGUGGCCUGGAUUUGCACAUUCCAUUAAGACCGAUGCUGGGGAGCAUCACACGAGAUCUGUCAGAUAUGUUGACAAAGCUUCAAGGAAGAAGCUUCAGCUGCGAAUACAAGUAUGACGGGCAGCGCGCGCAAGUACACUGCGAUGAGCAAGGCAAAGUGUCCAUUUUCUCACGUCAUCUCGAACUCAUGACAGAGAAAUAUCCAGAUCUUGUAUCUUUGGUCCCGCAAAUACGUGGAGAAGGCGUGUCUAGCUUUAUCCUGGAAGGAGAAGUGGUUGCUGUGGACCGGGAUACCGGCGACCUCCAGCCAUUCCAGACAUUGACCAAUCGUGCGAAGAAGAACGUUGAAAUUGGGGCAAUCAAGGUCAAUGUGUGUCUUUUUGCAUUCGACCUCAUGUAUCUCAACGGCGAGCCUUUACUACAUCGAACAUUCCGAGAACGUCGCGAACUCCUCCGCAGUCUCUUCGUUGAAAUAUCCAAGCAUUUCACCUGGGUAAAAAGCAUGGAUGCAACGUCGGCAGAUUCUGAAUCGGUUCUGGAGUUCUUCAAAAGUGCCACCGAUGUCAAGUGUGAGGGCAUCAUGGUGAAAGUCCUCGACAACACAAUAGUCGAUACCAAAACAACCAACAAAGCAAACCCCGAAGAUACCAUCAAAGAACCACUAGAACAAGAGAACGGCAACAAACUCAAAGAAAAGAACGCCCGACGCAAAGCCCUCCUCUCAACCUACGAACCAGACAAACGCCUCGAAUCUUGGCUCAAAGUAAAAAAAGACUACAGCACCUCCUCUGAAACCCUUGACCUAAUCCCAGUAGCAGGCUGGCACGGCUCAGGCCGCAAAUCAAAAUGGUGGUCUCCAAUCCUCUUAGCAGUCCGCAAUCCAGAAACGGGCUCGUUGGAAGCUGUAACAAAAUGCAUGUCGGGCUUCACGGAUAAAUUCUACCAGUCGAACAAAGACAAAUACGCACAAGGCAGCACAAACGUUAUUUCCCGUCCCAGUUAUGUUGACUACUAUGGCGAGCCAGACAUCUGGUUUGAGCCACAGGAAGUAUGGGAGAUGGCUUUUGCAGAUAUCACCCUGAGCCCGACAUACCCAGCUGCUAUCGGGCUUGUCAGUGAAGAGAGAGGUCUUAGUCUCCGAUUCCCGCGGUUCCUUAAAGUCCGCGAGGAUAAGUCUAUUGAUGAAGCUACGACCUCUGAUUAUUUGGCAUUACUAUGGCGCAAGCAAAUGGAACGCGCCAGUGUUGAGAAUAAUUCGACUGGGAAGGACGUGGAUGACACGGUUGGCGUGGAAGAAUAG